AUGGGAACUUUAUUGUCUUCUCUCCACGGAGCAGCCCCCGAUCCAUCAAAAAUUGGCCGAUUUGUCACAUCGUUUCAUGUUCUCUUCAUCUUCUCCCGCAGGUGCUUUUUGAUUCGUCCUACGGAACCCAAUGAAAUAUUUGUGGCCCCAAAAAAGAGGAGAAGAAGGGAAAAAAGUGCCCUCAGGGCUCAUUUAUCCCAGGCACGCAAUCUUUUCACUCGCUGCUUUGCCCAUUUACGCUGCCGUGGGUUCGACUCAAUUGAAGAUUCAUGAUUAUUGCUAUUAUUUAGUGGUGAGAGCAAUGAGCUAAUAAAAUCAAGGUUACUGUAGCCCUGAAAUGAGUAUGCAUGCAGUGUGUUUGCGCACUGCAUACUUUGAUUGACGCGCAAAACUGUCUUUUGCCGUUUUUAAAUUUUAUUGUUUUCAGUUUUUCUUGUAAUUUGUCAUUCAAAGUAAUUUCCUGACAUAAAUCGAUUCAAAUUACGAUUAUCUGCUGCAUAAUUUUUUUAGCUUCUUCUUAAAAAAAGAUAACGAGCGGUGAGAACAAAUCAAAAAAACGUUAUUUUUUCGAAUUUUUUUCAAUGGUUUAGCGCAAGCCAUAAUAAGUUUGCGCAUUAUUAAUUUUAUAAAUUCAGUUUUUGUUCGUCUUUCUAAAUCUUUAUCAACUGUUUGAUUCAUACUGUUUUAUUUUUUCAUGACGAUUCCAGAGUCCGACUCAUUUUUUGAAAAAAGCUUCAACAUCCCUUUUUUUUUCUGCUGCAACGAGUGAACGGACCUUUUUUUUUGCUUUAGUGAUUACUCAGCCGUGAAAUGGGGCCCGAUUAUUUCUUCUUUUUUCAUUUUUUAUGAGCGGAUUGAAAAACGGAUGAAAGGUAAAGCGAAGGUCAAGGAUCUUCUGUUUUUAGAAAAGCGAUGAGAAAAAAAAUUAUCACGAAAUAGACACAAAAAUAGCCGAAAAGUAGAACGUUUUGUGAUUUUUAAAUAAAUAGAAAGAGCUUAUAAAGUCCAUAUUUUACAGAACUUUGAAUUGCUUCAGUAUUGGUAAUAUUGAUAUCGAAACCUUCUGAAAAGUUGCCAAAAAAUCAAAAAAUACAUAUCAAAACACAAUAUUAUGUUGAAAAAGUGUUUUGAUAAUAAAUUACAACUUGCAGAAGGGACAGAAUCAGAAAAAUCGUCAAAAUAUCUUUUCUGAUCAUAGAAUACAGCCGAAAACCGAACACGAACAUGGCGAUGAGCCGCAGCUCCAAGAAGCCACGCCCCACGAUUCCCUGGCGGCUCCGCCCAUUUUCUUUCCGGAUGGCAGCUGCCCAAGAGUUUGUCGCGUGGUGGCUCACGUCGACGGAGCAGCGAAAUUGA